AUCCGACCACAUCAAAUCAGACCUACCAUGUCGAGUCGUCGUAUUCUGUUGGUUUUGCGUGUUCUGCUGGCCGUCUUGGCCGUCUUGGCUACGAUUGAAGCGGCUCCUCAUCGUCGAUCUCCUCGUCCACGUCGACAUCUCGAGGCCAUUCUGUCCGGUCUACUUGGAACGCAAUACGGUUACGGGAAUCCGUAUGAUGCGGCUGCCGCUUACGGGUACGAAGGAUAUGGUGCAGAGUACGCUGGAUAUGGUCCGGGUGAGGAAGGAUAUUACGGUUAUGGCGGUGGAUAUGGCGGCGGCAAUGCGCCAAUUACAAUUGAGAUUGAAGCCAAAUAGAAAUUGUCAUCAUUCUCUUAUUUAAAACUUUUUAAAAUUUAUUGAAUUUAAUUUUUUUCCCGGUCACGUAUAACGAUAUUGAUGCAAUACACAAAAUUCUGAAUCAUUGAAAA